CGAAACAACAAUACAGUUCACAUGAGAUCUUCUCCAGUUCCACUCAACCCUAAUCUCAACAACCAUGCAAAUCUUCAUUCUGCUCGUCCUGGUGGCGGUGGCCAGCGCCCAGGAUAGCUACCCCACCAAGUACGACAACAUCGAUGUGGAUGAAAUCCUCAAUUCGGACCGUCUCUUCAAGAAUUACUUCAACUGCCUGAUGGAAGCCGGACCUUGCACCCCGGAAGGAAACGAGCUGAAGAAGUAUCUGCCGGAUGCCAUUUCGACCGGAUGUACCAAAUGUAACGAAAAGCAGCGUGAGGUGACGGCUAAGGUGGCCAAGUUCCUGAUCGAGCAGCGACCAAACGAAUGGAAUGCCCUGAGAGGCAAGUACGAUCCGGAUAACACAUUCGCCGAGAAGUACCGGGAUGAGGCGGCCAAGUUUGGAAUUAAGCUGUGAGAAAAUAGUGAUGAUGAAGGUCAUUAUUUUUGUCGGGCGAACAGAAGUUCAGAACAAGUUCUCAAGCUGCUAAUACUACUUUGAACAGUUAUGAAAUAAAUGAAUCAGGAAAAGUGGCAUUUGUAUGUUACUUAGGUAUAAUGCAAAUCAUUUCAAUGUCAACAAUUAUGGAAGCAAUGUUAGCAACUGAUUUGCAAAACAUUUGCAGUUUUAUAUACAGUUCUAGUGAUUCUGAAAAUUUCUCAACAAUAACGCUAGGAUAGUUCAAAUUGGAAAAAAAUGAAAACUUCAACUCUCAUGCUUAUCUGUUUUACAAUCCCUAUGAUAAAAAUAGAGUAUUUUCCAAGUUUUAGCUGUUUUGUGAUGUUUAAAAGGUGCUCCCUAGACGUGGAAGGUUUAUGUGAAAAUUAAUAUGAAGAAACUAACAUUUGACUCAUUCAACACUGAGUGCCCGCAAAAAUAUAGAAAUGUUUAACAACCAGAUUUCAUUCACUUGAUAAAUAUUGUAUCGGAAAUAAUGUUAAAACACAUUUGAUAGUUUAAUAAAAGUUGGAUAAUUCUUUGAUGAUAUUGUUCAUAUCCUUGACAAAUAA